AGGCGCGGCUUCGAGCGAGCGCCGGUGAGCGAGCAGCGCCUCGCCUCGGCUCUGCGCCUCCUCGGGAUCACGGCGCCGCACCCCCGAGGGCCAGUCCAGCCCGCUCCCAGCGUGGGCGCUGCUGCCGUGUGGCGGACACCCUGCUUUCCUCGUUCCCGGGCGGCACAGGGACGGCAAGUGGAGAACUUGGGAAACUUCUCUGGGCCGGACGGCUGGGACGCCGGGCGCCGAGGGAAGAGGAUGUAGGAGGGCGGUGGCUGGCCCCAGGUGUCCCCGGACCUCUUAGGCCCCGUUUGGCCCGGCCAUGGGGCUCCAGCUGGGGACACCUUAGGGUAGCUCCGCCGCGUGGCGCGCCGUCCCGUGGUGCUCGUGCUUGGUGGGCCGCUCUCUCUCUUCCGUCCGCCCCGCCAUGGACCACCAGGAGCCCUACUCCGUGCAGGCCACCGCCGCCAUCGCGGCGGUCAUCACCUUCCUCAUCCUCUUCACCAUCUUCGGCAACGCGCUGGUCAUUCUGGCUGUGCUGACCAGCCGCUCCCUGCGCGCACCACAGAACCUGUUCCUGGUGUCGCUAGCCGCCGCGGACAUCCUGGUAGCCACGCUCAUUAUCCCCUUCUCGCUGGCCAACGAGCUGCUGGGGUACUGGUACUUCCGGCGCACGUGGUGCGAGGUGUACCUGGCGCUCGACGUGCUCUUCUGCACCUCGUCCAUCGUGCACCUGUGCGCCAUCAGCCUGGACCGCUACUGGGCGGUGAGCCGAGCGCUGGAGUACAACUCCAAGCGCACCCCGCGCCGCAUCAAGUGCAUCAUCCUCACCGUGUGGCUCAUCGCGGCCGUCAUUUCGCUGCCGCCCCUCAUCUAUAAGGGAGACCAGGGCCCACAGCCCCAUGGCCGCCCCCAAUGCAAGCUCAACCAAGAGGCAUGGUACAUCUUGGCCUCCAGCAUCGGGUCUUUCUUUGCUCCCUGCCUCAUCAUGAUCCUGGUUUACCUGCGCAUCUAUCUGAUUGCCAAGCGCAGCCACCGCAGAGGUCCCAGGGACAAGGGGGGCCCUAGAGAAGGUGAGUCCAAGCAGUCUCAUCCUGUCCCUGGGGGGGCUCCAACCUCAGCCAAGGUGCCACCCCUGGCCUCGCCUCUGUCUUCUGCUGGAGAGGCCAAUGGACACCCCACGCCCACUGGGGAGAAGGAGGAGGGGGAGACUGCUGAAGAUCCUGGGACCAGGACUCUGCCAUCCAGCUGGGCUGCUCUGCCCACCUCAGGCCAGGGCCAGAAGAAGGGAGUCAGUGUGGCACUCGCAGAGGAGGAAGCUGAAGAGGAGGAGGAGUGUGAGCCACAGGUGGUGCCAGUCUCUCCUGCCUUGGUGUGCAGCCCAUCCCUGCAGCAGCCACAAGGCUCCCGGGUACUGGCCACCCUGCGUGGUCAGGUGCUGCUGGGCAGGGGUGUGGGUGCUGUGGGUGGGCAGUGGUGGCGUCGGCGGACCCAGAUGACCCGAGAGAAGCGGUUCACCUUCGUGCUGGCUGUGGUCAUCGGUGUCUUUGUGCUGUGCUGGUUCCCCUUCUUCUUUAGCUACAGCCUGGGUGCCAUCUGUCCCCAGCACUGCAAGGUGCCCCAGGGCCUCUUCCAGUUCUUCUUCUGGAUUGGCUACUGCAAUAGCUCCCUGAACCCUGUCAUAUACACCAUCUUCAACCAGGACUUUCGUCGUGCCUUCCGAAAGAUCUUGUGCCGCCAGUGGACCCAGACGGCUUGGUGAGCCAGCCUGCCUGCUGCCUGGGUGGGGUCCAUGCCAGGGCCACCUUGUUUCCUACCCUGCUUUGUGUGGCUGUCUCCCUGGGGUUUUCUGGUCCCUGUCCCAUUUCUGCAGGCCUCAACCUGGAGCCCCUGUGAGGGGCAGGGACAGAAGUGCCAUUCCCGGGGGUUCAUGGACGCCUCCCCUUGCUGGCUCUGUGCCGGCGGACCUCUUCUGCACCCCCUUCCUGAGCACAAGCAGCUUGGGCUGUGCUGAAUGAGCUCGGGUCUUCCUGAAUGUUCCCCAGUACAGCACCUCCUUCUCAGCCCCCUGUGGGGCCAGGGGUGGUCUUCCAUAUCUUGAGGACUCCGUGUUCCUUGGCAGGCCACUUGCUUGUGGUGUUUUUGUUUCUUUAUCUGCCCCCCUGCCCCAAGAGCAGGAUGCCAGCUUCCCAUUCCCCAGGAGGGCCUGCUGCUGCUGCUGCUGAAGAGGAAGAAGAAUGAAGACCGUUCACCCACGUUGGGCACCAUGGGUCCCACUGGGCACCAGGAGGGAUUAUAGGAUGGCACUGACUCUGGGCCCUUCUCUCUCCCUUCUGCUUUGGGGUCUGUGUCUCCUUUAAAGAACAGAACCAUGGAUCGGUUUUCUCACCUGGCCCCCUCUGGGAGGUGGGUGGGCACGUGGAUGCUUUGAUGGGAGCUCCCCGAUCACUGGCAUUCACCCCCUGAAAAAAAUCAGGGCGACAAUAGCUUGCCGCCUACUUGCCACAGGGAGAUGAAAGGCUUUGCAGAAAGCUUUGAGCUCCAUGGGGGAAUGCACUGGAGAACCAGCAGAUGUGAUUAUCCGAUGAUAUAAAAAUCCCUUUUCUGUGUGUUUACCACCAGCCGCCUUCCUGGAGACUCUUGUUCUGUCUCCAGGGUGUGUGAAUUCCUGCCCCAGCCUGGAAGUGGGGAAUGGCACACUAUUUUGAGUUAUAGGAAUUCUUUGAGAAUGUGUUCUUAUGCCCACAAAGGUUUGGGUUAUUAUGCUGGGUGACAGCUUCUUGAUGUGUCACCUGCAACACCAAGAGGGUUUUUGGUGGCUUUGGCUCCCACCCCAAUGGGGGAUAUAUCGUUUGUCUUCAGUGGGCAAAUUAUUUCCCUGAGAGAGCUAAAAAUACCUACAACGUGGAAGUGGUCUGUGCUGAGAGCCCAGGAAGAUGGCAGAGCCCCCUGCCGGGGUACUGGGGCUACAGCAGGCAAGCCAGGCCCCGUGGACUCCCCCGGAGCUGCCUGUGCAGUGCCCAGGAAGGCCUCCAGGCAGGCGGGGUCCCAGUGCAGUGUAACUGGUCCCACCCAGGAGGGACCCUUGGUGAUGCCUAGAGCUCUGCCAUGACCUGUGCCAUGGCAAAGGGGCCUUACCUUCCUGGUUCUCUCCCUGCCCUGAACCUGGUGCCAGCAACAAUUGGACAUCUGGAAAGAACAUUGCCCAGUCAUCUCCUUGGCCUGUCUGGCUGCACAGUGGGUCAGCGGGCCUCCUAACAUGGGGCAGGGGUGGGCUGAGCAGCAGAGGCUCUUGGCACUCUGAUGGGCCUGCCAGAUUGGGAAAGAUGCUGAGGGAGUUUCCUGGGGUAGAGAGAAUGAUGGGGACCAAAGAGAGUCCCCCCCACCCCUUGGGAAGAGGCCUGUACCACCUAGUUCUCCCUUGGCAGUUGUGAGCCAGGACAUUGCCCUGGGCUAUGGCCCAGGUGUGGUGGGGAGGCUGGGCCUAGGAGACCGACUGAUUGGUGACCAUCUGCUAGCUAAUCGUGUGUGCCCAGGGAACCCUCGGUAGUAUGGCUUGUAACAUGCAAGUAUUUUUUAAAAGUGAGCUAUUUUAUCAAUAAAGGAUAUUUUGUAAUAAGCAA